AGUGUAGCCCCAGCAGUGCCACCUGUCAGUGUCCAUCAAUGCCAGCUGUCAGUGCUCAUCAGUGCCACCUGCCAGUGCCCAUCAGUGCCACAUAUCAGUGCCUACCAUCAGUGCCAUCUAUCAGUACCAGUCAGUUCUGGCUAUCAGUGCCAGUCAGUGCCGCCUAUCAGUGCCAGUCAGUGCAGCUUAUCAGUGCCAGUCAGUGCCGCCUAUCAGUGAUUAUAUGAGUGCUGCCUUUCAGUGCCCAUCAGUGAUGCCUGUCAAUGCCCAUCAGUG